GUGAAAUUUGUAAGAAACAGGCUUUUUUAGGUUGACUGUAUUUUUCCUGAUUUUAACCACUGGGAAAUAGUUUGGAUUGGUAUAAACAAUUGGAAGUAGCUGAAAAUACACAUGGACACGGACAAAUUACAAGACAAUGAUUCAGAGUAUUCUCUGGCAACAAACAGAUCGGAGCGGUCACGACAUGGUCACAAGCGACACAGGUCACAUGAGCGGGGAAGUCGUCGCCAUAGAAACCGAGGUAGUGGAAACGAGCUUGAUGAUGAUUAUGAAGGUGAGAAAACAGUCACAAUUAGAACCCCACCUAUGGAUGGGAGACACGACAGCAGAGCAACUGAAGGAACCAUCUCUGUUAACAUACCUGAGGAUGAUAACUGGGGCGAGACCAACACCUUUAUAUCAGGAACCACAGACGUCACGCAACUCAGUCAUGAAUCGCUUGCAAAACUGACCAAGGAUAUUGAAGCUUCAAUUGGUUUUCGAGACUGUGGUUAUGUUGGGACCAUUAUAUUUGCCCUUAUUUCCUACCUUUCCCCGAUAGCAUUUGUGGUGAUGCCGAAAUUUUUGUGGGACAACUCAUCUCCUCUUUCAGCGUGCGGCACCUCAUGUAAAGGUACCCUCAUCAGUAUGUCAUUCAAACUCCUCAUACUCCUUGUAGCAUCAUGGGCAAUAUUUUUCCGACGCCAGAGAACCAGCAUGCCAAAAGUGUUUAUGUUCAGGUCUCUGAUCAUGGUAUUUGUUCUUCUAAUCACACUCACGUACUGGCUGUUUUAUGGCAUCUGGAUUUUGGAGCAAAAGGAAAAAGACUUUCAGUCGAUAAUCGAGUUCUCAGACAGCAUGACGAACUGCCUCUUAUUCGUGCAUUAUCUCUCGCUUGUUUUACUCGAACUACGUCACUUACAAACCACCUUCGUGCUCGAAGUUAUUCGAACCACCGAUGGCGAACGACGGUUCUACAACAUUGGAGACUUGAGCAUCCAGCGUUGUUCAGUGUGGGUGUUGGAGAAAUAUUAUUGCGACUUUCCCGUGUAUAAUCCAGCCCUGAUGCGUAUACCUUCUCGUAGCGCACGUAUGAAGCAUAUCAACAAUACAUUUAAAGUGUAUGACGUCGAUGGCAAACCGGGCAAUGACACACAAGGACAAAAUCGUGCGAUUCUUGCAGCGGUUGCUAGGCGACGAGAUGCAGGACAUAAUGAAAGAUAUUAUGAGGAAGCAGAAUAUGAGAGAAGAGUAAGGAAGAGACGAGCAAGGUUGGUCGCCGCCACCGAAGACGCUUUCACUCACAUUCGAAAAGCAAGCGAGCAUGAAAUUAACACGAAGGGCAAGUCGUCCAACUCUGUCAUGGAGUGCGACGCCGCCUCUGAGGCCAUAUUCCCCGCGUUGGCUAGAUCGUUGCAGAAGUACCUUCGCACCACACGUCAACACCAACAUUACCAGGUAGAAGAUAUCCAUAAACAUCUUGCUUUCUGUAUCAAGAACGAAAUGACUCCAAAAGCUUUCCUACAAAGAUACAUCAAUCCCGGCUCUUACUUGACCUAUGAUCCACGUCACGACUCUAGUCAAUGGGACUUAGUAAGCGACGAACCUCUUGUUAAUAUGCUUAAGGACGGCACAGUGUUUCGACUUAACCAGCCCGAGUAUUCCCUCGUCGUUACCGUGCGCAAAUCUCCACGAAUUGGUUUGCAGGAGGUUUUCAUUGAUCCCGAUUCUUACCGUUAUGUAAUGCACAUGCAGAGCGAGACGUCGGUGUGACGUCAUCAUUUCAUGACGUCAUCCGACCGUAAGAUCGCCUGCUUCGCUCCGCCACGAUCGGUACACCCCCGACACAAAGUGUAAUAUAUUUAACGUGAGCGAUAGCAGGGCCCAGCUACCCGAGUGUCGAGUACUCGGUUCCCACUAUAGUGUGGCGUCUACGAAGCCCACUUUUAUUGGAUCCGCAUUGAGGCAAAGCCAAAUUUACCAAAUUCGUUACUCCUAUCAACCAAGUGCCAGCUCUUUUGUUUUUUAAAAGUUCUUUCUCAUCCCGGUCGUAUAUUACGACCAUUUUAUCUGCUACGGAACGCAUGAUGCUGCAGAAGGAUUGUGUCCAAGUCAAAACGUGAGGAGAGUGCAAUCUGCCUAAUCAUAACGGACCAAAGCGACGAUGCCUUCUGCAAUUUCCAUAGUUUUUCUAUCACUGGUACCCUGCGUUCUGGAAUGGAAUGUUUUCUUAGAUCAUUUAUUAUCAAACUUCGAGAAUUUUCUUCGCAGAAGUCACCAAGGCAACCGCAUAGUCGUGUUGCCACACUGUCUAACAUGUUUAAGAAAAUAACGAUCGUUUAAAUAAAAUCUGCUGUAUUUGCGCGUACUUCACGAACGUGUCAGCUAAA